ACUAUUCGAAUCGGUUGCUAAGUUACUAUGAAAAUGGAAUCCAUUUGUUUUUUUUUCUGAUUAGUUGAAAUUGUCAGUUUACCUAAUUAAUAAUUGCCCUUUAAUUUCAAUUGAUAUAAGAAUUAAAUCAACAAGAUUCCAUCAUGUCCACAGCAAUGCAGAAAGCUAUUGACCUGGUUAAGAAGGCAACCGAAGAGGAUAAGAAACAAAAUUAUGAGGAGGCUGAGCGUCUUUAUGAAAGUGCAGUAGAAUAUUUUCUUCAUGUAAUUAAAUAUGAAGCUCAAUCAGAAAGGGCCAAAGAAACCAUCAGACAAAAUUGUACUGGUUAUUUGGAAAGGGCAGAAAAGUUAAAGGAAUAUUUAGCAAAGAAGAACAAAAAGAAACCAGUUAAAGCAGGCGAUUCCAAUGGUUCCAAAGACAAUAAAAGCGAUGAUAGUGAUGAAGAUGAUAAAGAUAAAAAGAAAUUAAUGAGCCAAUUAGAAGAUGCUAUUGUUAUUGAAAAGCCUAACAUUAAAUGGUCGGAUGUUGCUGGAUUGGAAGGGGCCAAAGAGGCCUUGAAGGAAGCUGUUAUUCUACCUAUUAAAUUUCCCCAUUUGUUCACUGGUAAACGAACUCCAUGGAGAGGUAUUCUAUUAUUUGGUCCACCGGGUACUGGUAAAUCUUAUCUAGCUAAAGCCGUUGCUACCGAGGCCAAUAAUUCAACUUUCUUCUCUGUAUCAUCGUCCAAUCUGGUUUCCAAAUGGCUUGGAGAAAGUGAGAAAUUGGUUAAAAAUCUCUUCACUAUGGCUCGUAAACAAAAACCAAGCAUCAUUUUCAUUGAUGAAAUUGACUCUUUAUGUAGCUCUCGAUCAGAUAAUGAAUCAGAAUCCGCUCGGCGUAUCAAGACUGAAUUUCUUGUUCAAAUGCAAGGUAUUGGUAGUGAUAACGACGGAAUUCUAGUCUUGGGAGCCACGAAUAUACCUUGGGUUUUAGACUCAGCUAUUCGUCGUCGUUUCGAGAAACGUAUUUACAUUCCUCUCCCUGAGGAGCACGCACGCCUCACCAUUUUCAAAAUUCACAUUGGUAACACUCCUCACAAUUUAAACGAAGAAGAUUUCAAGGAAUUAGCCCAUAAAACUGAAGGUUUCUCUGGAGCCGAUAUAAGUGUUUUGGUCCGUGAUGCACUAAUGCAACCAGUACGAAAAGUACAAACCGCUACUCAUUUUAAAAAGAUUCGAGGUCCAUCACGUUCAAAUCCCACCGAAAUUGUCAAUGAUCUGCUGACCCCAUGUUCACCAGGUGAUCGAGGAGCCAUUGAAAUGUCUUGGAUGGAUGUACCUGGAGAUAAACUCCUCGAACCAGUGAUCACCAAGAGCGACAUGCUAUUGUCAUUAACAAGCGCUAAGCCGACUGUUAAUGCCGCUGAUUUGGUUAAAUUGAAAGAGUUCAUGGAUAGUUUCGGACAAGAAGGUUAAAAGUAAACAAGGAAACGAAAAAAAAAACAACCAACAAUCAACAAAAUUUGUUAAAUGUACAAUAUUUUAAUCAUAUAAAUUUACCUCCCUUUUUGAAUUAAAUCAACAACAAUUAAUUGAAAUCAGUAUCAGAGGGAAAAUCUACUAAGAGAUUUUAAAUUUUGCAUCAGUCAUCAGGAUCUUCACCCAACAAUUAAAUCAACAAUAUAUUUCUUACAAA